AUGGACCAGGAUGCACUAGCAGAACUUCUCUCCGAUACCACCGACCCCUCUGACCCUGAACAGUCCCAACAGCAGCAGCAGCAGCAGCCAGAGUCGCCGCUGCACAACUAUUCCUUCUUCAGUACGCAAAAUGCUCCGGCUCACACCCAACAACAACGUCUGCUUUCAUCGCUAGAUGAUCGCUCUCUCGUGAACCUCGUAAACUCCUACGAAGCACCCUCGGGUCACAAACGCUCGUUGUUAGAGCAUGAAUCGGAUGAGGAAAAAGAUUGGGACUCAGACGUUUUUCACGCUGCUAGCCCAAAAUCCAAUCCGGACUUUGGUACAAUUGCGGAAGACGAUGAGGACUCAAUUGUCACAUCGCCUCCCGCUGGUGCUAGUCCAGACGAAAAGUCCGACGAAAAGUCCGACGAUGACCAGUCUAGUAUGGACUCGCAGCAACUCCCAGCUCCAAACAUCAAUUUUGGUGACUACGGCCAGUAUUUCUCCGAUAAAAAGGACCUUCAACAAGAUCGCGACUCUUUCAUGAAGAACCUGUACCAAAAUGCUCUCAAUGACGGGAAUCCCUUCCCGCCUCUUUUCAAGGACUGCAUUAUAUACAUUAACGGUCGCACAGAUCCUGACCGCCUGCAACUUCACCAAAAGAUUAUAUUGUAUGGAGGCAAGUUCAUGCACUUUUUGUCGGGCAAGACUAGUGUUACCCAUAUCAUUGCCAGCAACUUGACCGCUAAGAAACGGGUCGAAUUUCAAAAAUACAAGGUCGUCACUCCCAGGUGGAUAACGGAGUCCAUUACACUCAACAAGAGGCUUCCCUGGCAAGAUUUCGCCUUGAACACUGGAGAUGAUGAUCAAGGCAAGCUCAAACUUACUAGAACAAAAGCGCAACCAAACCAUGAAAUCGACCUGCCAGAAAAUAACUCUGAAAACACACUUGAUUGCAAGCACCCAGACUUUUUACGCAGUUUUUUUGCCAAGUCACGGUUGCAUCAUCUCUCUAUUUGGAAAGCCGAUCUGAGGGCGCUUUUCUGCCAGAAGUAUUUGGAGCAUUCCGAUGUCAAAGGUAUUGCUGAAAAUGAACAUGUCGCUAUUUUUCACAUUGAUUUUGACUGCUUUUUUGCAACCGUUUCCGCUCUUAGCGACCCACAAUAUCGGCUUUACAAAGAUCCACUUGCGGUAGCACAUGGCACCAACAGUUCCGAAAUUGCUAGCUGUAAUUACGUGGCGCGCAGUUUUGGUGUUAGAAAUGGGAUGUGGGUACGAUCAGCUCGUAGACUUUGUCCCAAAUUAGUGUGCAUGCCAUAUAACUUUGAACAGUAUGAGGUCAACUCCAAGUUACUAUACCAAAUCCUGGCGGAAACGCACUUUUUUGACAUGAUUUUGCCUGUAUCCAUCGACGAGGCCAUAUGUGUGAAGCGAGUAAGUACCUUCUCUGAUCCCCAUGAUGUGCAGAGCCAAUGCGAGAUGGUCACUAAAAGUAUAAGGCAACAAGUUUUUGAUGCCACCAACGGUUGUACUGUUAGCAUCGGCUGUGGUCCCUCUCUUGUGAGCGCAAGACUUGCAUUGAAAGAUGCGAAACCUAAUGGAGAGCGAGUUAUCAUGAAUUUAACUGACGAAACAGAUUUUGAUAGUUUUCAGGCUAAAUUCCCGCUUGAUGAUCUGCCGGGUGUAGGUUUUUCUAUCGUAGACAAAAUACGCCGGCAGUUGUUCCCUGAUGCAUCAACAACCCCAACUAUUGGAGAACUGAAAGCCAAAUCGACUUUGAAAUUAUUGAGCACUAUCUUGGGAACUAAAACAGGCCGCAAAAUACAUUCGUUCUUAUCUGCUAGGGAUGACGAAGAGAAUAGUCGGAUUUUACGGGACCCUCUAGACUUUUUCGCGAGGAAGUCGAUUUCGGUUGAUAUCAAUUACGCCAUAAGGUUUGAUAAUAUCCACGAUAUUGACGAUUUUAUUGACAGAGUUUGUGAGCAUUUAACAUCAAAAAUUCAUGACCUUGGACUGAUGACUCCUCAAGUGACUUUGAAGAUCAUGCGGCGGUGUGAACAUGCGCCAAUCGAGCCUGCGAAGUAUCUGGGCUCUGGAGAAUGCGACACUUUUAGUAAAAGCAGCCGUUUUGGAAUACCUACAGAUGAGAUAGGCCUCAUUGCAACAGAAAUUAAAAGCUCUUUUAGAAUGCUGGCGUGCCCUCCCAAAGAUCUGAGGGGUUUAGCAGUUCAGUUAAACAAGCUUGAAAAGAAGACAGCUAGAAACUACCAGAAAAAGCUACCUUUCGGAGAUGCUGUUCUCAGUGGUGAUUCCAAUAUUCCUAUGCUCAAGCCUGACGCGUUCCAUUCAAUGCCUCGCAAUUUGAAGGAAGACAUUCGAUCCGAAUUCGCUAAACGAAAUUUUGAAGUACCGCCUUCACCCUCACGGAAUCUUUCCACCUCCGUAUCACCGGUAAAAGAGUAUUGGGACAGAUUCGGUAAGUCAACUAAAGACUGCUAUAAACAAGAACUUCCUAGCACUCUAGAUGAGGACUUCAUGAGGAACUUGCCUAUGGAACUUCAACGAGAAAUCAAAAGAGACCAUGCGAUUGUCAAGAAGACUCGAAGUUCGGUCAGAAAAAUAGGUGUUUCUAAGGACAAUGAGACGGCAAAUUCUCGAUCGAGUUUGAGGUCCACUCUAGAUGAGAUUGACCAGUUUCAAAAACUGGAGCACCCUCGCGACAUCUAUCACUUGAUUGGAACUUGGAUUGAUCAGACGAUCACUGUAGGUCCACACGCAGAUGAUUUAGAUUUGUUCGACCGCUACUUGGAUAAGUUGGUUUUUAAGCGGAAGACAAAUCGAGCACUGCAAAUAGCCAGGAUUAUGUCUUGCCGACUUGAGUAUCAUGCAGCUUUUACUGGGUCAGAAUCAAGAGGUCGCCAAGAAUGGGAGGAGUAUCUGUUGAGGCGAAUGAUACCCAGGCUGAACUCUAGCUGCUCGAUAAGAGCUCCACAGGUACAAUUCGAACUGUAG